GACCAUCUCCUAUGUUACCGUGAUGACCAGGUGAUUAGCUCACCUGGCUGCAGAGGGAAAGUUUUCCUCCACAGAGACAGACAGAGACAGAGACAGACACAGUGACAGUUCAGUUUUUCUGUUUCUACUUCAACAUGAAAACUGCUGCUUUCAUCAUUGGACUUGUCUUCAUCUGCUGCGAGUUCACAGAAAGCCCAACAGCUGAAGGUCAACUGGAAGGAUUCGUGGAGACUUCUGUUCAAUCGGUUUGUCGGGACCGUCACCUGUGGAUCCAGGUGGCCUCAAUACAAACGCCUCGUUUCGAGGCUGUAGAUGGAAAUGGUGUCCACGCAAUCAGCGAGCAGCUCGCCUCGCGCUGUGGUUACACUAUCAGCACCUUCAAGAUGGAUGGCUUCACCACCUUCAGAGCUUCGUACUACUCCUGCUUCACACAAAACCAGAAUGACGAAGUGUUCACAUUCAGAUUUAACGUGAUAGUGAGUAAUGGUGGUGAUGGGUGGAUCAGCCAACCUGUCUCUGCAAUAUGUUCUGGUCUGAUCUGGACUCACAGAGAGAUCAUCUGUGAGGAGGACUACAUGGAGGUGAAUGUGAACAGAGUGUCUUCAUGUGGAGGUCAAUGGAGGGAGAGUGGACAGGUGUGGCAGGCUGCCUUAUCUCAGGCUCAGAAGACUGCCAGUUCAGUCUGGAAGCUGAUGUUCUUACAGAGUGAUGGACAGGUUUCCUCCAUGUCCAUCAGUGAGGCCCAGGCGCAGGGCUACAGCCUGACCACGACCGCCCAGAGGGUAGUGCUUCGUUCCCAGUAUAAACAGCCGCACGCCGAGGUCAUAAUGGUGGAUGGCAUCCCUGUGGAGAUCAUCCAGGUUUCUCUUUUCUUUAAGAGGAAGCUGCUGGUGGUGGUGAUCGACUUGUCCAUGGUCUGCACAGUCAAUUCAGGUUCUUUUGACGGUGCCUGGCUGCUCUGGGAUGUUCCCUUGGUCAUGACCCCUCUGGUCGAUGAGGUAGCGAGGUUUGAAAGUCGGAGCCUCAGUGUGGGGGUGGACGGUGUACUACUGGAUGAGCCCACUGCCACCACCAGAGGAUUCAGUCUGGUCCAACGACCAAGACUAGUCCAGAUCAGGGUUCCUUUUGGGGCGGAGGGUGGCUACCGGAAGAGUUUGGUGGUGAACAACAUGUACAAGGAAUUGUACGUGAUUUUUCUGCUGUACGAACAUGUCUUCUCUCUGCUGUAUGAGGACGGCAGCAGUAUAGACACAAGACACCGAAUGCUCAGAGUGCUCGACACACCGCUGCUCUGCCAACCACCCUUCAGCCUCAACCAGACAAUCAGUGAUGACCAGGUGUUCAGUGUCUACCUGGGAAACAUUCCCGGUGAUGUAAUUUUAGAGGAAGUAUGGAUCAACAGGAAGCAGCUGAUGAUGGCAAAGAGUGUUGAACGAGGCAUCAGCAUCAGUCCUGUUGUGCACGUUAAUGGUAGCCAAGCAUACAAGCUCCGGUUGCCCUUCGAGGAUGCUGUUGUCCACUGGACGUACCUGGGAGAAGGUGUAGUGCAGUACUCCAUAGAUAUAAACUUUACUUUAACCAUCAUGCCCCAGAGAGACUCUUACUACCACCAAACAGUCAUCACAGCACGAGUAUUCAAUACAUUCCCUCCAGAGAUCACAGCUCAAUGUUUGGACAGAGGAAUCACCUUCAGUGUGGUCCGACCGCCUCGAACUGAGAGUCUGUGGGAAGUGGGCAUUGACCACGAGCCUCUGACAUUACAGCUGGUGGCCCAGAGAGGGUACCACCUCCACAAUGACACCCAUACAACCACCCUGGAAGUCCCUAUGUUCUCAAUCGGAUACACCUAUGAAGGCAUCAACCUGUCAAACUUUUAUGGAAUAUUUAAGCUGCUUCUGAGAGAUUCCAAAACUCUGGAGGUCCAGACGUCCAUCUCCAAACGCUGCCUCUUCAAAACAGAGGACAUGAUGGUCUGUGCGGCAGAUGGGACCAUGACAGUGGUAACAACUCCAACAUCCACCUGGCCCACGUUGCAGCCUGAAAGAACCAGUCUACUAGACCCAACCUGUCGGCCCAAACAGGCCGACAGAUCCAGAGCCCUGUUUGAGUUCAAGGUGGACUCCUGUGGGACGAGAGCCAUGGUCGGGGAGUCAUAUGUGGUUUAUGAGAACGAGAUCCUCCAUGACAGACAGCUGAUUGCAGACGGACCAAACUUCAUUUCCAGAGAAUCUCAGUUCAAGUUGACUGUGAGGUGCUUCUAUCCACUGGGUAGAGUCAACAGACUUUCUGUGGACAGGAUCUUCAAAUUAGAAACUCCUGGAUUUGGUUCAAUCAAAGUCUUUGAGAGCCUUACAGAUUCAGCAAAUAAAGUCCCUGCUCAUGACUGUUUGCAUCAGGUUUCUGGAAAUGCCACCAAUACCCCAACUAACCAGGUCCACCAAACACACCAAAUCCCUGCAGCACGUGGAGGCAUGAUUUACCAUUUCAUCAAGCCCCGGCCCAAACCUGGACCCAGCCGCUUCAUUACAGUACCAGGAGGAUACAACAAGCUGGUCUCCUCCUCCCAAGGCCUCCAAAGUUUUCCAAUCGUGAAUCUUUCUCCUCAAACUGUUGAUAGCCACCAAGUCCCUCAGGAGGUUUCAUCCCAGACAGAUGAACAAAAUUUAUUCAAUCCUUUUUCAAGCUUUUCUCCCAGAUAUGGCCAGUUACCAGACAGCAGCAUCCAGCAGUCAAACCUCAACACACCAAGCUUCAACUCUGUAGACAUGAGAAGUGAAGAUUCAAGACCAAGAAAUGACAUCUCAGCCUUGGAUUCUUUCAGCAGAACUCCUGAUUCUCCAGUUGUUCAACAAUUGGAAAGUAGCGGGGGAAGCUCUGGUCAGACUCUGAAACUUGGAAGACUGAACAGUUUUGGUGACCAGGUCUGGCACUCUGGCCUGAUGUGGGACCAGUCCACUCUUGGCCAAAAUGGAAUUGUUAAUCUAAAUCAAGACCUGCAGAGUCUUAAAGUCGAUCUUUCUCUCAGCAUGCAAGAGCUGGACCAGCAACAUGAAGCCAAGUCUCCCUUGAGCCUUCAGGGGUCCUCAGGUGGUGAGAUGGACAUGGCAAACAUGGAGAGGCUUGUCUACCAGCCUCAAAGUCUGUAUGAUCCUUUUCAAACAGCCCAGCUUCACCCAGUCCUUAAACCACCAGCUCAAUACAGCUCAGACCACAUCAGCAUAACCAGCCGCAAACCUCUCCUGCCCAGCAGAGACAAGAAAUAUGUUCCUAUCCCUGACUCAUCUGAAGAAACUCAGGAGUCUGUCAGCAAUGAACUAACAUCUACAGCAACCAGCCGAGUUGACCAAAACCUGGAGAGAACCGGAUCCAUUGAAAGGAGGAACACUGAGACAAUUCAGUCCAGAGUGCAGAGCAUCAGAGUCAAACCUCUGAGCAAAUUUAUGUCUUCUGGACAUCAUCUGAACCAGAAACCUGUUUUGAAACAAGGAAACUCUCAAAUUUCUAAUCCCUCCCAGUAUGAAACUGGUCUGACAGCUGUCAGCAAUGAUGGAAACCACUGGACCUCCCAACAGCAUCAAGACAGCACACGUUCAAACAAAAGACAUGAACAUUUAACUGAGAAAACAAGUUUCCAAACCCCAAAGCGGGAACAAGGUCUUCAUGGUGUCCUAGUCAAACUGCAUGAAUCUGCAGUGAUCCGCCUCAGUGAUCUAUCCCCAAACCAGCAGGGACAUCAGCAGAAACCGGUCCAUCCAGCCCCAAACCAGCAAGGACACCAGAAACUGAUCCAGUCAGUGGCUGAGACAAGAAACAGUGGGGGACAGGAAUCUGCUUCAACUCUGAGAAACGUCCUUCAACCAACAGGUGCAUCUCACAGCAGAAUCCGACCUGGUCCUGGUUUCUCUGGAAGACUCCGUACUCAUGACCAGUCCAGAUUGCAGAACCUACAGAACUCCAACUCUGUCACCAGAGGAGGAACCAGCAGGACGACCGACCUCAGCUUCACACUGCAGAACACCUCAGCGACUUCUGUCAACAUCAGAGAAUAUAAACCAACUGGUCCGAACACACAAAGUAACAAGGGCCUGAAUCUCACUGCAGAAGGAGCUGGGUUUACUGGUUCUCACACAAGUCUUAAUGGUCCUGGUGGUCCAGGUUCAGACCUGAAGAUCCACACCAAGUCAGACUGUGUCAGUCAGUAUGGAUCCAGUGUUCACCAAGGCAUCAUGAGAGGUAAACAGAUCAGCUGAUGGAGACCAUUUAAAAAAAAAAA